GAAUGCAGACUAAUACCUAGUGAACGAGAAAAGGAAAGAUUACAGUUGACAUUUGACAAGAUGAAGUUUAAACCAUGGGAAACCUUAAAAGAACAAUUACACCCAGAUAGAGUGCUGAUUAUUUUUGGUAGACUUAACCAGACUAUCAACCAAAAGACGGGCGGGCGUUCUUUUUCUGUUUAUAGAUUAGCAUUAAUGCCCGAAAAUAUAAUUGAAAUCAAAGACCCCACCAAAGGCACGGAACAAUACCUAGAAAAAGAACUUGCUAAUUUAGAAAAGAUAACUAAAAAACCCCGUGAAUACCAUAUCAAGGAGGCGUUAAUUAGGUAUUUUGAAGAUAUGGAGGAUAUGAGAGAUAUUGAGGAAUAUAUAAAAGAAAAAAAAGCAGGCAAAGUUGAGUAUUAUACCAGCGAGGAAGUAAGAAAAGAACUUAAAGAAUAUUACGACGCCAAAGAAGCCAAAGAAAAACCACAAAUUAAUAGACAGAAAGCCAAAGAGGGUUUAAAAGAGAUUGGCAACCGAUUAAUUGCCGAAAAGAUUGAAAACAAAGUAGAAAGACAUUUAGCCAGCAACCCCACCCGACAUGGCAAAGAGUUAAAAGAGGAGGAUAGGGAAGUUUGGGUAGCAAAAGUAGAACACCGCAGCACUGUUUACGAAGGAUAUCACCCCACCCCUACUACUACCAGACCAACAAUUACCGAACGACCCCAAGCCCGAGACCACCAAAGAAAAGUA